AUGGACACCUCAACAGCCAAGGACAUUUUCUGCUCUGUUGUUGCUGCACUGGACAGAGUUGGAGUGGACUGGUCCCGUGCUGUCAGCCUGGCUACAGAUGGUGCACCAUCCAUGAUUGGAAAGAAAGCGGGUGUCAUGACAAAGUUCAGAGAGAAAGUUAUUGUCUUUAGACCACUGUGUUUAAAAGUGAAAAAAUACAGUCCAAUUGUCAUAUGUUAUUCUGUUGCUCACAGGUUAAAUGAUGCUCCUGUUAGGGGCUUUGAGAAGGACGUAGGAAACAAGACCACCAUGAGGAUCUUCUACCCUGAGUCGGCAACCUACAACCCUGGGUUGCACAAUGAAGAGGACACACUGAUGGUCUUAGUGCCUUUUAAAACAAAUGAUCUUCGCUGGCUUAAAGAGAUCCUUUAUGAUGAGAAGAGGGUAAGAAAUAAAAGAGAAUACAGUAUAAUCAUUUCCACCUGUUUGAAUUUUUUUUGGACCCGCUCUCAGCCAGGUGGAAAAGUCUUUACAACUUUCAGUCUUUACAAUUUAGGGAUUCUUCAUGAACCUGCUGUCCUCUGCUGUUUCUUGCAGAAGAACUUUCAUCCCACCACAGGGUUCCUUGCUGUGUUUGUGGCUCUCAAUUACUGUGAUGUGGUCCACCUAGCUGGAUUUGGUUACCCCCCAAAGAGAGACCAGCAACAUCCCAUACAUUACUUUGACCAUAAUACCAUGAAAGCAAUGAUGAAGUCUCCACACGACAUUAGUCAUGAAGCCAGAGUCUUAAAGAAGUUGGAGGAUUUAGGAGUCCUCAAGUACCUCCACCCACACCUGUGACAGAGUAGCUGCUCCAGUUCAGCAAACACAUUUUGUUAAAUAACUGUUAUUUAACAUACUUUGGAUUGAAAUGUAAUCAAAUUUGGUUUAAGUUUUAUGUGUUAGUAUUGAUGUUAUUACUUAGUACUACUUUGUGUUGGUGAGUUAAUUUCCUGUGAAACAAGUAGCAUAGCUAAGGUUAUGCUGCUGCUGGGAUCCCUGACUCU